UUGAGCUCCACGUGGUCGAUUUCGCGCGAAAAGGGACAACCGGGCAGGAAGAAGAAGCAGCGUCGUCCACUGAAGAAACAGCAGCAGCUCAGCUCAGCAAUGGCGGAUUCCUCUGAGUCGUUCCACGUGAUCACCAGCCCCAACCGACCCUCCAGGAGAGGAGACCUGACCUCCAGCCCAGGACGGGACCUGCCCCCAUUUGAGGAUGAGUCCGAGGGGCUGCUUGGGGACGGACCCCUGCCUGGGGGUCUGGAGGAGGAGGAGGAGGCAGACGGGGAGGAUCUGAUUGGAGAUGGGAUGGAGAGAGAUUACCGCCCCAUUCCGGCACUGGACCAAUACGAGAUGGAGGGCUUGGAUCUGGAUGACGAGGAUCUGUCGGAGCUGUCGCCGGGAGCUCGAGCCGCUGCCGAGGAGGCGAUGAGGAGGAGGGACCGGGAGCAGGGCCUCAGUGGACGUCUGAGGAGAGGACUCCUUUAUGACAGCGAAGACGAGGACGAUGAGCGUCCUGCCGCCCGGCGAAGACGUCUGGCUGAGCGCGCCGCUGAGGGCAUCGCAGAUGGAGAUGAGGAGGAGAUGAUCGAGAGCAUCGAGAACCUGGAAGACAUGAAGGGACACACGGUGAGGGAGUGGGUGUCUAUGGCAGCUCCGCGGCUCGAGAUCUACAACCGCUUCAAGAACUUCCUUCGGACCCACGUGGACGAGAAUGGCCACAACGUGUUUAAGGAGAAGAUCAGUGACAUGUGCAAAGAGAAUAAGGAGAGUCUGGUGGUGAACUACGAAGACCUCGCUGCCAGGGAGCACGUUCUGGCCUAUUUCCUCCCAGAAGCUCCAACGGAGAUGCUGAAGAUUUUUGAUGAAGCAGCCAAAGAAGUAGUUCUCACCAUGUAUCCAAAAUACGACCGCAUCGCUCACGAGAUCCACGUCCGGAUCUGUAACCUGCCGCUGGUCGAGGAGAUUCGAUCGCUCAGGCAGCUCCACCUGAACCAGUUGAUCCGGACCAGCGGCGUGGUGAGCAGCUGUACCGGAGUCCUGCCUCAGCUCAGCAUGGUUAAAUACAACUGUAACAAGUGCAGCUUCGUGCUCGGACCCUUCUUCCAGUCCCAGAACCAGGAGGUGAAGCCAGGAUCCUGCCCGGAGUGUCAGUCGCAGGGGCCCUUCGAGAUCAACAUGGAGGAGACGGUGUACCAGAACUACCAGAGGAUCACCAUCCAGGAAAGUCCUGGAAAAGUGGCGGCUGGCCGACUCCCUCGCUCCAAAGACGCCAUCCUGCUGGCCGACCUGGUGGACAGCUGCAAGCCCGGAGACGAGAUCGAGCUGACGGGAAUCUACCACAACAACUACGACGGCUCUCUGAACACAACUAAUGGAUUCCCGGUGUUCGCCACACUGAUCAUGGCCAAUCACAUCACUCGCAGGGAUGAGGGCGUGGCCGUGGCCGAACUCACAGACGAAGACAUCAAGGCCAUCGUUGCCCUGUCCAAAGACGAACGCAUCGGAGAGAGGAUCUUCGCUAGCAUGGCGCCGUCCAUCUACGGACACGAGGACAUAAAGAGAGCUUUGGCUCUGUCUCUGUUUGGAGGAGAGUCCAAAAAUCCAGGCGGCAAACAUAAAGUACGUGGAGACAUCAACGUGCUGCUGUGCGGAGACCCGGGAACUGCCAAGUCCCAGUUCCUUAAGUAUGUGGAGAAGGUGGCGAGUCGAGCUGUGUUCACCACGGGUCAGGGGGCGUCUGCCGUCGGUCUGACAGCCUACGUUCAGAGACACCCGGUGACCAGAGAGUGGACCUUGGAGGCUGGAGCGCUGGUGCUGGCCGACCGCGGCGUGUGUCUGAUCGAUGAGUUCGAUAAGAUGAACGAUGCUGACAGGACGAGUAUCCACGAGGCCAUGGAGCAGCAGAGCAUCUCCAUCUCCAAAGCUGGCAUCGUCACCUCGCUGCAGGCUCGCUGCACCGUCAUCGCUGCGGCAAACCCCAUCGGUGGCAGGUAUGACCCGUCGCUCACAUUCGCCGAGAACGUGGACCUGACUGAGCCCAUCGUGUCUCGGUUUGAUGUGUUGUGUGUUGUCCGAGACACAGUCGACCCUGUGCAGGACGAGAUGUUGGCCCGGUUUGUCGUCGGUUCCCACAUCAAGCAUCACCCUAGCAACAAGGAAGGGGGCGUGGCCUUGGAGGAGAUGGCUCUUCCCAACUCGUCGGACGUUCCUCCAAUUCCUCAGGAGCUACUGAGGAAGUACAUCAUCUACGCCAAAGAUCGGGUUCACCCCAAACUGAACCAGAUGGAUCAGGACAAGGUGGCUCGGAUCUACAGCGACCUGCGCAAAGAGUCCAUGGCCACCGGCAGCAUUCCCAUCACCGUUCGGCAUAUCGAGUCCAUGAUCAGGAUGGCUGAGUCGCAUGCAAAGAUGCACCUGAGGGACUACGUCCUGGAGGACGAUGUCAACAUGGCCAUCAGGGUGAUGCUGGAGAGCUUCAUCGACACUCAGAAAUUCAGUGUCAUGAGGAGCAUGAGGAAGACGUUUGCCCGUUACCUGUCAUUCCGCCGGGACAACAACGAGCUGCUGCUCUUCAUCCUCAAACAGCUGGUGGCCGAGCAGGUGGCCUACCAGAGGAGCCGGUACGGAGUCCAGAACGACACCAUCGAGGUCCCAGAGAAGGAUUUGCAAGAGAAGGCGAGGCAGAUCAACAUCCACAGCCUGUCGGCCUUCUACGACAGCGACCUUUUCCACUCCAACAAGUUCAGCCACGACGGCAAGAAGAAGCUGAUCCUGCAGCAGUUCUGAGGAGGAAGAUCCUCCUGACACUGGACCAGCGAGGCGACGGGAUCUUGGGUUGUUCAGAAGCACGAGCUGAACUCUGGUAUCGGGUCACAAAUGGAACCAGAGCCUUUUGGUUUGGUUUCUCUCUGAAGCUGGUUGUAAAUAAAUGUAAAUGUUUCACAUUAAAGUGUUGAUGUUUAAUUUUU